CAUAAUACCUCGCUCGACCAAGAAGAUGGGACCUGCAAUGGCAUCCAAGCGCUUUUCCUCUCCGACAGUAAAGUUCAACUUAUCCUCCGCAUCGCCAAGAUUCAGUGCGCUGAAGAGCCCCACGCUUUGCAGCAUUGACACGAGCCAUGCAAUAAACCAAUCAGCUGGAUUUACUCCUAUUUUGACGCCAAACAGGAGUGGAAGUAUGGUACUCCUUUCCCCCUCGCGAACAAUUACUGAAACCUUGACGACGCUUGCAGCCUCGACUGCCCAUCAACUCGAGGAAACGUGGGACGAAGUUGGCUACAGUCCCGAGGAUCGUGCUUCACAGCUUUCGGACCUUCUCGUCAAAUUUCGGGACCUCUGUGAGCACAAAAUUGCAGAGGAGAAAGGAGUCGCCGAGACAUUUCGACAAACAAUUGCGGAAGCGAAGGAAGAAAUCGAGACAACCGCAUCCGCAUUAAAAAUGUCGAUCGAUCCUCAAAUUCUCCAGGAGCAACCAGGAAUGACAUUAACGGAUAGACUCUCAUCGUUGGAGUCCACUUUGGACGAACUCCGGAGUACUGCAAUUGCUGCUAAAGAAGACUUAAAAGUUUGUCAAGACUUUCUUAUUGAAUCCCACGAAGCUUUGGGUAUCGAGAUGGAAAUCACAUGGCGUGACAUUGACUCAGAUUUGACUGCACUACGUCGUGACGAGUUCCAUCGGAAGAAGGCUGAAAUGAAGGAAGAGUUGUCAACUCGAACCUCGGCAGUCAUUCAACUUCUACGAGACUGUCAGCACCUGCACAACGACCUACGCAUUGAUGCCGGUACGAGUGAUUCAGAAAUAGACAGACAAAUUGCUGGAUCGCUUGUUCGGUCCAAAGAUGGGAGCUUUAUUAUGGCAUCUAAGUUUAAGUCGGAAGCAUGCACAGGCAUCAGUUCCUGUGCUUUAGAAGACCUAACUAAACGAGUAACAGAGUUGCACGGUGAGAAACGGCGCCGUAAAUCCCACCUUCAAGAGAUGGGUGCGCAAAUUGCCGUGCUUUGGGAGAAACUACGUGUUCCCGAGGAGGAGCAAGUAGCUUUCACGGAAAGCGUACAAGGGCUUGGUAUGGAUACAAUCGAAAAGGGCGAGAAUGAGUUGAAGCGCUUGCAUGCACUUAAGUCCCAGAUGCUCGACAAGCUGAUCGAGGAAGCGCGCCAAAAUAUUUUUUCGUUGUGGGAACAGAUCAACGCUACCCCAGAGCAGCGCAGAGCGUUCGAGCCGUUCUAUAUCCGAGACAGAAAUUUGCACAACGAUGAUCUUCUGGAAAAAUAUGAAGAUUACGUUGCCACGCUUGAAUCUCGCCUCGAGCAAAUGAAGCCUAUCUUGCGUAUCAUUGAAAGACGCGAGCUCAUUCUUAAAGAGAGGGCCGAAUAUGAAGAAUUACAGAAGGAUCCCGAACGGCUGAAGCAAAGAGGUGCAUCAAUGACUCAUCAGCUCAUGGAAGAAGAAAAAAUGGCUCGCCGAAUCAAACGAGAUUUGCCGCGUUUGACAGAAUUAUUGACUGAGAAACUUCAUGAGUGGAAAGAGAAUAACGAUGAAGACUUUCAAUAUCACGGCGAAGUAUAUCUUGCAGUUAUGGAUCGCCAAGAAGAACAGUGGAAUCAAUAUAAAGCAGAGGAAAUGCAUCGCAAACUCAAGAAAAAGCAAGAAGAGAAAACUUUUGGCGAAAAUCAGUUUGCAAAGGCGAACCCUCUUCCUAAACAGAUUACGAAAAAAUCUACUUCCACGCUCCCCCUUGGCGACGUAGCCCAUAAAAAGAUGAACGUUCAAUCUCGGGUCCACGAAGGGUCGAAGGAAGGCCAAAUAGCUUUUCAUGCGAAUUUGCGGCCAAUUGCUGGUCGCAUUGGCAUCAAUCGAUGAAGCCUUCGCCACAAAAAGCGCAAUGUAUAUUCCUUAGAAAACUCUUUCAAAAUCG